CACAAAGUAUUUACAAAGCGUCCUACUCCCAGAUCUUUUGGCGUGCCUCUCAUUCUGUUGUUUUCCUCCCAUUUGCUUGGAUGCCCGUCGUCGCUCUGUGAUCCAUUCAUUCCCCUUUCCACAUUUGCCGGGCAUUUGUUUAUUUGAUAUUCACCGAAUUCAAGAUAUAGCAUACACAUACAAACAUAUCAUGCAUAGCGUCCGACGAUGGAAUAUCAAGCGUUUCUCGCUGCUGCUCACCACCGCCCUGCUGCUGUACGUCUUUGUGUUCUCCAGCGGCUAUCAGAAGUACCAGAUCGAGGGCAUUAUCGGCAAGACGAGACCGGAAAAGGUCUGGGAGUAUGUGGCAGACUUUAACAAAAUGCGUCUGCUCAAUCCCACCAUCAUCAAUUUCAAGAUUCUCGCCGAUCAUGGCCACGCCCAUGACUGGCGCUACACGGUGGAGUACACGGAGCGACUCUCCCACUGGCCCUACUGGCUGAACACGGCCACGGCCAAGUAUGUGGUGACCAAAACGAAGCCAGGCAUCACACCCGUGGCCUAUGGCAUUCAGUCCACCCACGAGACCUGCUUCUUCAGUGGCUUCUACUGCUUGCACUCUCUCAGUGAGUUUAGCUUUAGUGCCGCCAAUGAAGACACCUUGGCCCUGGAGCGCAUCCAGUACCAGUGUCCCCCGCUGCUGGGCAGCAUGUGUCGGCGUGAGCUGGAGUACCAGCGCCAGGCGGUCAUGCACAAUCUCACACAUAUAUUCAGCAAACAGCGGAUAUGAGGGAUGGGACGGGACGAGCCCAGUCCAGCCCAGACCAUUUAGAAAACGGUUGCGAGUUAGGAAAAAUAUGUUUUUUAAACUUGAAUGAAUUUAAAUGUAAUUCGACUAAUUUGGCUAGUUAAUCGGCUCGCUUAAUGUUUUACAGUUAACAUUAUACCAUUUUGAUAUUUCACGAUAGAAUAACAUGCGAGAGCGGUUUCGUUUGUGUGCCGGAAAUCCCUGAA